GCAUACCCCGAUACUUUCUCUCUCUGCCCAAGUAUCCGACUCGAGCCACAAAUCGUAAUGCAGCUCCAAUUGGUAUUUGCACUUGCCUUGGCAUCAGUGUCAGCAGUUGACUUCCACGGUGUCGAUAUCUCAGCUACGUGUGCCGAUGGCAUCAAUUCCAGUAUCGACCAAGGCCAGAAACUUGUUCCAACGUUGGACGAACUUACCGCAGCUGGCAAGGGCACCCCGAAUGAGAAGGAGACGACGGAGAUUGCCGACCUUGCACAUACUUCACUAGACCUGUACAACAAGUACAAGGACCGUUCAAUUGCCACGGGUGUCACACAGGAUGAGAAGGAUGCCGCACAGGCCACCUUUUCGCGAUUUGGUAAAGCGAGGAGUGACAUGGAGGACAUGCGACAAAAGACAGACUUGGAUCCAACGGUCAAGGCUGUUUUGGAAAAGUACAACAAGCAGCGAGCAGAUCUGUUGAGUCAACGAACGCCGUUGUUAUUCAAAUGCGCGACGAGCAUGCCGGCGCUGAAAGCCGGCUACGACAAAGUCCUGAAUGUCCCAGCAGCCGCCGCUUGAUAAUUUGCCAGACACGAUUGAGCUCGUACAUGUAGAAUCAUGAGUAGCAGUCAUUGCGAUCGGCUGACCUGUCGUGUCAUCAUGUAAGACACAUGGUAUGAAGUGCACU